CCCAAAUUCCCUCCGAUUGCUCCGUUUUUGAAUCGCCGAUCAAGCUCCGAACUCUCAAAUUUUCGAUUCAAUGUUUGUUGUAAUUCUGAUAUCAUAGAUGAUGAAAAGUAGUUUAUGUUUGUUUAAUUUCGUUUUUUUUGUUUGCCAAUUUGUGAUGUAAUCGGUGUAAAAUAGUUUAAAUUUUAGGGUUAGGGUUUGGGUUUGGUUUUUGUUCAUAGAGAUGAAGAGUUCUCGUAGAUCAUGUCUGGAAUCAGGUACAAAAAAGCCCAGAUUAAACGAAGAUUCUAUUGGAAUCAAUCGCAUUUCAAAUGAAGGGAGUUUUAUCCCUCAACGGGCUGUGAAUUCAGGCUCUGUUGCCCCGAGAUUUAGGGCAAUUGACAGUUGGGAAGAUCCCGAGAACAGUGAUUCACUCUGUGAACCUUACCAGCCGCAACAGCCGCAGCAACAACAGCUUAUCAGCGAAUAUAAGAGAGCCUUAGCAGAGCUUACCAUUAAUUCCAAGCCGAUAAUCACGAAUUUGACUAUAAUUGCUGGUGAAAAUAUGCGCGAUGCGAAGGCCAUUGCUGCUAUUAUCUGCGCGAACAUUCUCGAGAUUCCUAGUGAGCAAAAGCUGCCAUCUCUCUAUCUUUUGGACAGUAUUGUGAAGAAUAUCGGGAGGGAUUAUAUCAAGUAUUUUGCUGCCAGGCUGCCUGAGGUUUUCUGCAAGGCUUAUAGACAGGUAGAACCUUCGGUACACUCUGGGAUGCAGCGUCUUUUUGUAACCUGGAGAAAAGUAUUCCCUCCUCAGCAACUUCAACUUAUUGAGAAGGAGCUUGGAUUUACAACUGGUGUCAAUGGUUCUUCAUCAGGAGCACGUAGAGAUGAUUCGAAGGCUCAACAGACUGCACAUAGCAUUCAUGUAAAUCCCAAGUAUUUAGAGGCAAGGCAGUGCCUACAGCAACCAACCAGAGCAAAAGGAUCAGCUGAUGACAUCACUCCAGGGGACAUACAGAAACCAGAGAGAGCAACCAGUGUAGGUUCUGAAAGAUCUUGGUUCGAUAUAUCUGCUAAGUGUGUUCAGAAAGAGCAGUUGAAUGAGCGAAUCCGCGAGAAAACUACAAGUGCAGCAUAUGGAGAUCCUGAAUAUGUUUCUGAUUUGUCAAGGAGUUCUGGCUUUGGAUUAAGAAUAACAGGUGAAAAGCUAAAGGAAGAGGGACGUGAUAAAUCUUGGUACAAUCCUGCAAAUGGUAAGUUAUUAAGUCAAAGAAAUGGCUUGGACCUUAAGCAUGGAGUCCAAAGUCCAUCCCAGAAUACGGCAAAUUCUGAUGCAUAUCCACAACCGACACACUCCUUCGCCAAUCAAAGUGGUACUUUGAUGGAUCGGAGUUGGCAGAGUUCUGAUGAAGAGGAGUAUAUGUGGGAUGAUGUCAAUUGUGCAGAUAAAGAUCAACGGGCAUCCGAAGAUCCAUAUAAAACUGGCUUAGAUAAUCAACAUCCGAGACCCCAAAACAUAUUUGGGUUAAAGGCUGAAAGUGAAGCCUCGGCUGACUCUCUUUCCAGAGAAGACAAUGGCCAAGCAUCUUCCGAGAAUCAAAUAUCAUCGAUGUGGUCAGAUGAAGCUAGGCAUUUGGCUUCUGUUCAAAGUACUCCAGAUCAUCCAAGAGGUCAUCUAACCUCUUUCAGUGGGUUGCCAACAGCUACAAACUCCAUAGUUGGGAAAUCUUUCCAGUCACAGAAAGAUUCAAGUCAUGUGGGGACACCAAGUUAUGGAAUAGCAAAGACUGCAAAUGGAUCCAGGGGAACUAUAAUGCAACCACGAGAAACUCAAGGAGCUGCCCCUCCAUCUUUAGAGUCAGUGAUGCGUCAGCUUCCUCCGUCUCCAUCAAUCUCGACCGGCAAUUUUAGUCAAGUAGUUAACAGUCUCACUAGAGAUUAUCAUAGACAGACAGAAUCUCAUGCAGACCCAAGAAUGUCUCAAUUCUCAAGGAGGUCAAAUUUAGAUCCCCGUAAGCAAAUUCCCCAGGACUCUAUGCCAAUGACAUCUCAGAGUGCUCAUUUGGUUAGUUCACAGAUAUCACAGACUCCAAGAUAUAAUCCAUCUUCCAUGAUGUCAUCUUUUCAAGAAGAACAUCAUGUCUCUUUUCCUGAAAAAAUCCAACAAGAAAGUCCUGAAUCUGAAUUUUCCAUUCCCAGCCAAAAGUCAAUAGUCACUCAGCUUUCUGGUUUUGCUGAUCAUUCUGGCACUGUGCCUUCCAUUCUUCAAGGCUCUGAAUCCUCAGGUCAAACGAGUAUGAGUAGUCUGUUGGCUGCUGUUAUGAAGAGUGGAGUACUUAAUAGUAGCUCUAGUGUCGGCACACCACUGAAUUCCCAAGCCGGUGCACAGCCUCCUAUACCCAGUGGUUCUCCUAUCCAACUUUUGUCAUCUGGACCAAAGGCUCCACAUUCUGUUGUGAGCGUACAAUCGGACAGAAAUGUUUCAAAUCCCCCAAGUUAUUCCCAGAGAAAUGGAGAACGACCACGACUGCCACCUGACCCUGCUCCAACUCCGGUAGGUAGUGAAUCAUUGCAGGCUCCAAAUGUGGUAAAUGCUGCUUCUAAUCCUGUUGCAAAACUUUUGAAUUCAUUGAUGGCAAAGGGAUUGAUAUCUGCGUCAAAGGAGGAGUCUCCAACUUCAACUCCUCCACCGACACCUCCACAAACUCGGUUCCAGUGUCCUCCUGCAAGCAUCAGUUCAACUCCUGGUGUAUCUGCUCCAAUUUCCUCAUCCACUUGCUUGUCUCAAAAGGAUGAGCUGUCUCUCUCUAAACCUGCUGCUAAAAUCCCUGAUGCAUUACCUCAGUCCAACAAAGAAGAGAGAGAAGAUGCAUUUAAACCAGGUGUAAUUCGGGAGUCCAAUCCUGGUGUCAUCAGUGAACUUCUUGAUGACGUUCCACAUCAAUGUGGCAUAUGUGGUCUUCGACUUAAGCUCCGAGUGCAACUUGAUAGACACUUGGAAUGGCAUGCAUUAAGGAAUCCAGAUGGGAAACUGUUGCAUAGUGAAAGGAGGUGGUAUUUAAAUUCUGGGGAAUGGUUUGCUGGAACCGGUAGCGUCCCACACUGUGCUAUAUUGGCAGUACCAACUGGAGGUUCUAGCAAACUAUCAGAAUCCACUGAGGUUAUGGUUCCUGCUGAUGAAAGUCAGUGUGUAUGUGUCUUGUGUGGUCAGGUUUUUGAAGAUUUUUAUGAUGAAAAGAGUGACAAGUGGAUGUUCAAAGGAGCUGUUUACAUGGAUGAUUCAUUGAACGAAAGCGGUAUUCAGAAUCCUAUAGUCCACAAGAACUGUACAUCAGAAGAUUCUCAAAAUUGGAUGCUUAAGGAUGAUAUAAAACAGGAGUCGGAAGACUGGUUUUCUGAUUUCAUGGAUUAAAAGGAAUUGCACAGGGGUAUGUUAAUUCAAGGUGGAUAGGUUCAGUACAAUUUACUUGUACUGCUUGUGCAUCUUCCUUGUUAAGCCUCUUCUAGGCUUUGCUUUUAAGUUAUAAUGUGAUGACAAUCUUACAUUUUUGGCAUCAUGUUAUCCAAUUUCGGUUGAAUCCUUUGU